AUGUCAGGAAUCACGUCCAAUCCCACCACCAGUGUCCCACCUCCCUCCACCCCGAUUGCAGCCCAUACCACCCCUCGAUUCUUCCAGCUGCCAGUAUCACAGGCCCAUUUAAAGUCAAGGGAAAACAAAGAAGGAGGAAGAAUUAUUGUGGAAGUUGAUGGUAAAAUGGCAAAAAUCAGGAAUUUAAAGGUGGACAGUCGACCAGAUAGUUUUGGUGAUUCCCGAGAGAAGAUUAUGGCAUUUGGCUUUGAUUACUGCUACUGGUCUGUCAACCCAGAAGACCCCCACUAUGCCUCUCAGGAUGUGGUGUUUCAGGAUUUGGGAACUGAAGUCUUGUCUGGAGCUGCCAGUGGCUACAAUAUAUGUCUGUUUGCCUAUGGACAGACAGGCUCUGGAAAGACCUACACCAUGCUGGGGACCCCAGCUUCUGUUGGGUUGACACCACGGAUAUGUGAGGGCCUUUUCAGCACAGAGGAAGAUUGUCCACCACAGCGGUCCUCUUGUAGAAUAAAAGUAAGUUUUUUAGAAAUCUACAAUGAGCGAGUCCGAGAUCUGUUGAAGCAAUCGGAUCCAAAGAAGUCCUAUACUCUGAGGGUCAGAGAGCAUCCAGAGAAGGGACCCUAUGUACAAGGUUUAUCUCAACAUGUAGUAACCAACUAUAAACAAGUAAUUCAACUCUUGGAGGAGGGAAUAGCAAACAGAAUGACAGCAGCUACCCAUGUUCAUGAGGCAAGCAGCAGAUCUCAUGCCAUCUUCACUAUACACUAUACACAGGCAACCAUGGAGAACAAUCUCCCCUCAGAAAUCGUUAGCAAGAUCAACCUUGUGGACCUAGCAGGCAGUGAAAGAGCAGAUCCCAGUUACUGUAAGGACCGAAUUACUGAAGGAGCCAACAUCAACAAGUCUCUGGUGACUCUGGGGAUUGUUAUCUCCACCUUAGCCCAGAACUCUCAAGUACCCAGUGGCUGCCAGAGCCUCAGCAACACAGCUAGUGAUGGCAUUGACAGUGGGAUGUGCAGUCAAGGGGGGCCCUGCCGGAGGCGGUCUUAUAUACCCUACCGGGACUCUGUGUUGACUUGGCUGCUUAAAGACAGUCUUGGAGGCAACUCCCAGACCAUCAUGGUUGCCACUGUGUCUCCAGCACACACUUGCUACUGUGAGACCAUGAGUACCCUGAGAUAUGCAGCCAAUGCCAAGAACAUCAUCAACAAGCCGCAGGUCAAUGAGGAUGCAAACAUAAAGCUAAUCAGAGAACUCAGAGAAGAGAUUGGAAGACUGAAGACCAUGCUGCUGAGCUUCGAACUGAGAAACUUCAGUUCAUUGGAUGGAGGAAAGGAUGAAAGUCUGAAGGAGUUGGUUCUCCAAAAUGAAUUGAAGAUAGACCAGCUGACUAGAGAUUGGAGCCAGAAGUGGGGUGAGUGGAAGGCCCUGAUGGAGCAUUACCGAGUGGACAUUAACAGGAGGAGGGCUGGAGUGGUCAUCGACUCCAGCCUACCACAUCUCAUGGCCUUGGAGGAUGAUGUGCUCAGCACAGGUGUGGUGCUCUAUCACCUCAAGGAGGGGAUCACUAAGAUAGGAAGGAUUGACUCAGAGCAGGAACAAGACAUUGUCCUGCAGGGUCAAUGGAUUGAGAAGGACCACUGUACCAUCACCAGUGCCUGUGGGGUGGUCAUUCUGCGGCCAGUCCAGGGCGCCCGAUGCACAGUCAAUGGCCGGGAGAUCACCGCCUCCUGCCGUCUGACUCAAGGAGCCAUCAUCACCCUGGGGAAAACACAGAAGUUCCGAUUCAACCACCCUGCUGAGGCUGCAGUUUUGCGGCAGAGGAGACAGGUUGGAGAGUCUGUUGAUGGUGGUGGCUGUCUGGAAUGGCUGGACUUGGAUGGAGAUGUCACUGCCCCUCGCUUUGGUCUCUGCCCUUUGCCUUGCAAGGAAAAGUCCCUCUGUGGCAGGAGAGUGCUCCAAGAGCAGAAUGAAGAGGAUCACCAACUCCCCAGGACUGGAAAGCCAGGCCCCAAAGCCCAGCCUCAGCAACAGAAGUCUUCCGUAGGAACUUUGAGGCCACAAGUCGUAGCAGGACAGUGUCAGUGCUACCUGGCAUGCCUCUGUCGAUCUGCUGGAGAUGACCAGCAGUGCCUACUCCGAGGAGAACUCAGGUCUGCCAGCUUAUCAACACAGACACAAGACCAUGUAGCACAGAAAGAAACUGAGGUUUCUGUUCUGAGUGAUGCUUGGCCUGAGACAGAGCCUGAGGCCCAAUCUCCACCACUGGUUCCAUACUGGAAGAGAGCAGUGCACGGACAUUACUUGCGGAGACUCAGUGUCCGGGCAGCAGGGAGGAUCAGCCAGUGGAAACAUCUCAAGAGAAUCUUCAAGAAGCAAAGGCUGCUGGCAACCCAAAAGAGACUGGAGCAGCUUCAGACUUUAUGCUGGCCCCGGGAUGACCAGACCUGGGCACCCCUGUGCCAGGUUUCUGGCCCUGACAUCAUGGUCCAGGGCCCUCAGCAAAGCAGCAGUUCAUCAACCAGCCAUGGCUCCCUGAGCCUCCGCACUCUUUGCAUCCAGUACCUGCGGCAGCUAAGCAGUGUUUUCCUGAAACUGGAUUCCUCUACCACAUCACCUUCCAUAUCUGAACCUCCUCACCAAAUAUCUGAGAUCCCCUCAUCAGAGGAUCCCCAUGCUGUUUAUUAUUCUCCAAGGUCAAGACUUUUUAGCAAGAAUGUGCUGCGAUGCUCAGGCGAGGGCCAGCUCUGCACUGUUAGGAUGGCCUUGGCCAGAAAGCGAAGCCCUGCCCCAGAUGCCUGUCUUGCUGUGAGUUCAGAUUUUUCCAGCAUCUGGGAAAUGGAACAGAGAGUGGGCAGGCAGCCCUGUCACAGGGUGUCCCAGAGCUCAGCAUCUUCAUGCUGGUCAACUAGACAGCUAAGUUCAAGGGAUGAGCUCGAGACCCUCAGCCCUUUCUCCCAGACUCUCCUAGACUUGGGCCAUGUACCAGCAGGGCAGCUGGGAAUCCACAAGGCUGCUAAGGGAGCAGGUGGCCAUCCUGCCCACCCCCUUACCCCCAAACAGGCAGCUAAUCAUGGAAAAGCAACUAAUAUUUUCUGUAAACAUUCCAAACCACCUUUUCCAAGCACAGUGUCAAAAAGGGAAAAAACAGAUCUUGCUGCCAGAGUCUCGGACAUGACCAAAAAGUCUUCUUACUUGCCUUGUGGCACCCUUCUGAAAAAGCAACACAAUGAAGAGGAGUCAGACUCUAAGACCUUCCUCACAGUUUCAAGCCCAGCAAUGGGUCCCAGAGGAGAGAAAGAUAGUGAUUUAUCUGAUCCAGAUAGCAGUUACUCAGUGGAUUCUUUGUCCUAUGUCUGUGAUGAAGACCCCGUAGUGCCACUGAGGUCCAAGGGUCCACAGAAGGAGCAGGAUCUCCUGGAGCCAGAGAACAAUGAAAGUGAUAGCAGCCAAAUAUCUGAGGACUCGCUGGCUGAGAAGAAGGACCAGAGCCCACAAGACAGUCCGAGGGGUAAUGACAUUAGCAGCUUCCUCAGAAAACCCGGGACCAGAACCAGAGCCUUUGUGAGGGCCUUUGUCCCCCCCUCACACUGUGGGAAAGUGACCCCAGCACCCAGGAGCUUCUCUCUGGAUAGUCUGCUUGGUGCUGAGGAGGAACUGGGGGAAGAGCUUCAAGAAGAUUCUUCCUUUGGUCCAUCAGAUGAGAUGCCCACUGAAACUUUCUGGCAUCCACAGACCUCCAGUCUUCCCUGUGGACAUCCAGUGAUCCAGGAAGCCAUGCCUAGGCUUGGCUCUCACCAAAUGGAAGUGACACUGGAUGCCAUCCUGUCAAAGAACCAUUCAUUUCACCUUGAGCCCCAGCCUGGCUCUGAGCCACCUGCAUCAGAGGUGGGGGUGAGAUCCUGGGAACAAGCCGGCACUCCUCAAGUCAUGUCACCUCCCAGAAGUAGUCCUCUGUUGUCCCCGGAUUCCUGGUUUUCUUGUGACUCCAAGAUCAACUCCAGUAGCUCCCCAGAAAUAGUGGGUUCUUUAUGUCCCAGCCCAGAGAUUUCUGAAUUUCAACCCCACAGUGGGGAGAGGCUUGAGCAUCGGCGAAAGAUGGAAGAACCAACUGUGCCUGGCAGUGAAGUAGGCUUUCCCUAUACAUCUAGCAUGUCCCAGGAUGGUUCUGAGCUGCCCUGCAGUGUAAGAGCUGCAUACACAAUCCCUUCUUGUGUAUUGAUGGGGCUGUCCUUCUGCCGAACACACAGUCUACGUAAGUCUGAUGCUGAUGGCACCUGCCAGGUCAGAGGGGUUCCUGGCAUGGCCCAGCAGGGCGACUGCAAAGCAGUCAACCAGUCUGGUGAGUUAGGUAUGCUGAUGCCAGCUGCCUCUCCCCUCCCAUACUCACAGAGAACCCACAGGAGGAACUGGACCUCCCUGCAACAAAAAUACUUCCUGGAAAUGUCUCAUCCUGUUCUGGGAUCUGGAGGAGGGCCUGGGCCAACUUUUUCCUCACUCGAGGAAGAUAACAGUUCGGUUACCCAAGCUUCAUGCCAGAGAGAGUCUCUGUUAUGUAUUCAUCCUGGUGUGUCUGGCAGUCCAGAUUUCUACAAGUCUCCAACCCAUUGUUCCAAAAUUCAGCAUUUGAGAAUGGAAGAAGAAGGGGACAAUUUGAGUGUUGAAUUUGAAGGCACGUCAGGUUUCUUUACAACUAGUAAUGAAGGGGUGACUUGUCAGGCAACCCACCCAGCAGCCAGAGGGUCAUCUCCUGGCAGGGUGAAGGCGUGGGUGGUUGCAGCAGAGAAUGAAGGAGCAAAAUGCGGGGCAAAGGCUCAGGGAGAUCAAGGUGAAGAACACUCUCAGGGCUUCAGGAAAUCUGAGCCCAUCACAUCUUCUGAUUAUUCUUUCCCAAAGAACUCUGGCCGCUGUAAUGUCACUGCAGUCACUAAGGCAGGCCACUGGGUUCGAGGCUGGGCUCCACUUAGUAGUGCAGGCCAACCUGAGCAGGGGAGCUGGUCCAGCCAUACCGAGCUUCCGAAGGCCGACCCUCAGGGCAGAGCAGACAUACAUACUUCCUUGGCCCUAUCUCAUCCAGAGUCAUGUGUCCAUUCGAUCUCCUGGGACCCGUUCCUUUCUUCCCUGCAACCACCACCCUUGGAAACAUUCUACAUGACCAGAAGUCGGGAUGCCCUGACAGAAACAGCUCUAGAGAUUCCAGCCUUCAGAGAAAUGCUAGCACCCACCCCACCUGCCAGAGGAGCCUGCAGCUUUGGUCACCACCAGGCCCUUCACAGUCCUUGUAUAAAGGCUCAUUUGCCAGUGUUGUUCGACCGCCAGAACCCGAAGAGGCCCUCAUCUCAGCAGGUCCAGGAGCACACUGAGCUAAAGGUGAAGGAUGUCAGCGGCAAAGUAGGGAAUGGCCCAGGAAAUACUACUGAAGAUGAUGACUGUGAUUUCAUCUCUUCUUUAGUUGCCCUAAAUACACAUUCUUCCCCAUCUACUAAUCCAAAGGAAAGUGAGUUUCAAAGUCAAGUUGGAGCCUUAAGUACACACUGUCUUCCAGAAUUCCAGGUGAAAGAACUGGCCACUGAACAGUCCAAAAUGUGCAAAAUGUCCCCAAAUAAUCACAGGCUUAAAAAGAAUCUCUCUUACUGCACUGCUCAGACAUCUGGGGAGGAAGAGCAGAGCCUGGGUAGUGCACCACAGCAGACACAGCCUUGGAAUGCAGACACACACUUUCCUUCUCCCAUUAGUUCUGGCUUCAUCUACAAAACCUUUGAUUUAUAUCUUGACAAGGACCCACAAGAGGAAAGCAGGACUUCCCCAAAGUCCAGGCCAGUCCACCGCAGAAUCAGCAGUCCCAAGAUUAUGGCCUGGGAGGAAAAUCCAGCUUCCGGUGGUGAAGGGAAGCACAAAGUCAAGCUUCUUGGGAAAACUCAACAUCCCAGAGCUGAGGGAGUUCUUCGAGGUGCAGAAUCAACUCCCAGGAGAGUCCAGCCCAUCACAUGUUCUCAGGAUAGCAAGGAAACCUCCGUGACAGAAAACCUCCAUGAUAGCAAGGCCUGUGGGAAGUCACCAGAAAUGAUCAACCUCAAAACCACCACCUCUGAAAAGAAACAGAGAGUUCAUGACUCUGAAGAGAUGGCCAGGUUGAUCAGGAGCAUAAUACAGCUGGAAAAUGACAUCCUAGAGAUGGAAUGCAAACAGGGCCAGCUCUUCUCCACUCUCCAGACCCAGGAAGCUGGCCAAGAAUGUGUGCUUUUGGACCAGCGGCGGCAGGAGGUGGCUGAUCUUGUACAGAUGCUGGACAGCUCCAGAAGUCACUUGUCCUUAAAGGUUCCACCAUCUCCUUCCAAACAAAGCAGUGAUGUGAUCUUCAAGGAGUGUGAGGUUAGAGAAGUGGGGCUUAGUAGUUGCUUUGAACAUGAACCCCGGGACCAGAAAACCACCCUGAACCCUACAAGUUCAAGAAGUUGUGGACUGAGCAAUAUACAUGAGAGAGAGCACCUUGAGCCCACUGUACCAGACAGACUCUCCAGGGACACAGUGAUCACCUUCCGUGAUUAUUUAGGGACAGGGGCCACUUUCAGAGGCUCCUCCAGCACCUCUGCUACUGCUCAGAGAGCAGAAGCAUUAGCUAGAGCACAGCCAUCACAGCUCCUGACCCAGUGGUCUGAGAAGGACGGCGAGCAGGCAAAUGCAUUGGCAAGAGGGCAGCCUAGUGGCAACGGGAGACUGGAGGAACCAGAGCCCAUCAGAGGUGUUGAAGACAGCGAAGGAACUCGAUGUGUGGGUAGCUCUAAGCAGGAGGAGCCGAAAGGUCAGGUUGCCAUGGACACACAGAGAGGAAGACGCCUUCGGAAGGGAAGGAAACUGGUUUCCCCAAUUUCAAACCGUCCUCCCUGGGGCCUGCAUCACAAGGGUGCACCUUUCAGCCAGGCCACCAGCUCUUUGCCGAGUCUGCCAGACUCUUCCACUGCAUCCCCCCGAGAGCUGAGCAGCACCUCGCCCUCAGUCUCCCCACGGCGGCUCAGGAGCUAUCUCCAUGCAUCGGACACUUUCAGCAGCCGCUCCUCAGAUGAGUAUGUGCUAGCUCCCAUAGCACUCAGAGGGCCCAAUUGCCCUGCAAUGACUGGUGCUGAGCCUCAGGGCCACAGUGGACACAGUGGGGGCACUGGCCUCCCCACACAUAUUGGAGGUGACUCAUCCAGGCUACAUUUUGCUGCUGCCAGGGCUGUGACAGCCUCCUCACAGGGAGCUCAGAGUAUUCCCAUAGUUGCUGAGGACACUGCCCAAGAGGCAGAGGGCAAGAUGUCAGUAAGCACUAGCCUCCCAGAUCCCGGAGGGGGGCUCAGAAGCCCCUCUAUGGGCCUGCAGAGGAAGGUGGAUCCUUCUCAUCCUGUCCAAGGAGAUCCCAACUGCAGCCAGUUGGCACAGAGAGCCAGCUGUCCUCGAGAGGACAGGAAUUACAGGGGCAGAGAGGUGAGGCAAAUAGCAGAGGAGGCCAUGGACCUUGGUCCCGGUGAUGCUGGCUUGGCACUGCUGGCCACGCCCAAGUUUCCUGACUUGGAGCCCUCUGCCCACUGCACACCCACUGAUCUGGCUACAUUGGAGGAGAGCCAACAUGUGAAGGCCCAGAAGACGCUGCAGUGCAAUGUGGCCCUUCCUCACUGUGACACUCUAUUGGAAUCAGAAUAUUCCUUAGGUAUCCUCAGCAGGCCUCUCAGUCAACAAGCGGAUCUAUCAGCCAGGACUAGGAAUGAGGGUGGAGUUCAGGGAUUUCACAUGGCACCUCUCUCUACUAACCCAGGACCUAAGUCAGCAGAGGAGAGGCAUGCCUUGCUGACCACACCCCUCUCUGCAGACAGACUCCCACCUCUGCCCACUCCCGAAAUCCACACACAGCCUGGGCUGCUCUCACAUGCUUCCUCUUACACUACCCCUGCACUGAACAGAAGCUGUUGGAUGGGAGCAGGUGAGCAGUUCACUGGCCACCUUCACUCCUCUGAAAUCAGAGAGAAGAAAGAAGCAACUGAAACCUCUCGCUUUGCCAUUUCCUUGGGCUCAGACAGUUUUCCUAGCUCGGCAGCUUUCGCGAAAGAUGGAAGGGUGAUGCUUGAGGAACAAGUGAUGGCCUCGCCCACUUGGGCUCCUUCUGCCAGCCCUGGCAUGGUUCUUCAGGUGGGGAGCCCAUCGACCAUAGGUGGGGAGAGCUGCACAAGACACCAGGACAUGCGAGUUCCAGACACCACACAUGCAGGCUCAGAUGAUGGCAUGGCAACGCAGGCAGGACAAAGCACCAUUUUGGAAAAACAGCUUGUGAUCUGUGAUCCACAUCUUCCAAGACUCACAGGGUCUAACCUGGAUGGUGCCCCAUCCCUUGAGGCCUCCACCAAUACAGAGGGAGGACAGGCAGGUCCCAGAGCAGUGAGGGGGGACCUAGACGUGUCCUCGCUACCGAAGUGGCCAGUAGAGAGUGUCUACUCUUUGCCGGUGGAGGUCUGUGGGGCCAAGAGUGGACUGUUAAGGCCUACUCUGAUGGCAGAUGGAGGAACUGGCCUGGAUGCUCAAGGAGUGGGAGAGAAGGCUCCAUGUAGCUGCCCAGAGCAGCCCUUCACAGGAGGCGCCAAAGUCAGCACAACGCUCUGCUGUGCUGGGGGACUGGAAGGUGACACAACAGCCCCUUGCCAAUAUCCUGGCAUUCCUCAACCAACAGCUUCUCAAGCCUGUUCCUCCCUUUCACUGCGUUACAGAGGUGAUCCAGAGAAGAGGACUUUCAAGGCUGCGCUCUGUGCUCAUCAACUCUGCACAGUAUCUCCUGGGUCCGUGGCAGUUGCUGAGAAUGGAAGGCACCGUCCUGGGAAAACGGAGGACUGCCGUAUCCUAGGAAGUCCUCCUGCAGUUGCCGUUCAGCUCCAGGAUCCAAGCUGCAGCCUACCUUCUGCAUCCACUGCCAGGAAGACAAUUUCCUUGGACCACUCAGUUUCUGUUGGGAAGUCAAGAUUAGUGGGGGUCCUGGAGGUCAGUCAGGCACCUCCUUUCUUUUCUGCCAAGAAGAGAAGCUGUGAAGAGCUCAAGGCCUCCCCUCUCCUCACAAACACAACCCCAGAGACACUGAGGGGUUUUCAGGUCAAUUUUAGUGCUUAUCAGAAAGCACAGGUGUCUCAAACCACACCAGACCCUUCUGAAGCCCUGGGGAGACCACACGUGCUCAGUUCAAGCGAAGGAGCCAUGGAGAGUGAGCAGGCAGCAGAGUGCUCAGAAAAAAUGCCAAGAGGCCUUCCAGAACAGACACAUCUUACCAUCAGGUCCAGGGGUGACAGUGUCAUGGCUCUCCAAGCCAAGCUGGCAGCAAAGUUAAAAAAACCCUCCAGUCCUGAGGCCGACAGCCCCUGGGAGGAGGAAGAGCAGCAGAGGGAGCAGGCUGCAGGCUGCAGCGACUGGGGCAUGUGUACCCCAGCAUCCUUGGAAGGCAGAGAGAAGGCCACAACUCCUGAACUCCAGAUGUUCUCUUCACACACCAGAGACUCUGCUGCUGGGGCCAGGGGACUGAAUGGGGAGCCCCAGGCCUUUGCCCAGCACAGGUGUUCACUGCCCGUGAUCGCUAUUUUCCCUGGCCCCAAACAUUCCCGGGCUUCCUUCCAGCCACACUUCUCUGUGAUCAGCUCUUCCCGGUCUCUUCAGAAACUGAACUUGAAUGUGGAGCCUCCUUCUCACACAGAUGAGAAGUCGCAGGAUCCCAGCAAAUUGUGGAGCUCAAAGCCCUCAGGAAAGGCAGUGGCAUCAAAGUUCCCCACCGGGAGAAGCAGCAACCAGGAAGCCACAUGUGAGGCCCCUGUUGGCCAGUGGCUAGUCUCUGCUGCUAGCCCUCCUUCCCCAGCCUCCUCCUUGCUCUCCUGCAUGCCCACCCCUGAGCUCCCGAUGGGCUAUAUGGCUGGUGCCCCUGAAGAGGCCCAACAGGCACAGCCAGAGAGCCAGGGCAGCCAAGCCAGGCCAGAAGAGGGAUGUUCUAGGACCUGCAGGGAGCUGCUGUACUUUGGCUCCAGGGAUCUCAACCCCUGCAAGUUGCACUGGCACGCAGGGGAGCCUGCGCACAUCUGCUGGAAACAGUCUGUGUUUCGUAGUGAUGUCGAUGUCUCCAAGAGCCAGAUCCUCCAGGGUGCAAUCCCCAGGAACACGGAUCGCUCUGUCAGCAUGCAUGAGGGUCUAGCAGGGCGGGACUCACUGCUCUGUGCUCACUGCAGUUCCUACGCCAGGGGCCAUUCAGACACAUACAACAGCGUUGAAAACUCACGGCACUCUCAAGAGUCCUGGGAAGGACGGGGUUCCUCGCUUGACUUGGAGAACCCCCAUGUCCUGCCCUGCUCUGAUGAAGCAGCCCCAGUGAAGGGUGCUGACAAGGAGGUGCAGGUCCUGAGUGCCCCAGAAGGUAGUAGCUGCAGAGAGGACAGUGCCACAGGGCCUGAGAAAGAGAAGGUACUUUUGUGCCCACCCCAGGUGGGCCGGGCCAUGCGACGCACUCUGGAGCAGGGCACACAGACAGGUUGCACGGAGAUUUCUGCUCAGGCAAAGGGCAGCACUGUGCCAGUCACGGAUGUUUCCUGGAACAGCAUGCAUAGCCUGUCUCUCCACCUCUCCCAGCUCCUGCAUAGCACCUCAGAGCUGAUCGAGUGUCUUUCUCAGCCAGGUGUGGCUGAGAAAGAGCCAAGCACCAAGAGAGAGAGCCCAGAGGAGGUGCCAUUAGUCCUCAGGAUGGAUGGCUUUACUCAAACCACUGUGGAUGAGGCCACCCAAACCGAACUGGCCCAGCCACCUCAGCACCUCCCCACCCCAGAGGCUGACCCAGAGGUCAGCGUGUUCCUCGAGGUUCUGGACUCUGAAAACUUGGCUCCAUUUCAGGAAAGCGGGCACAUCUCAGAGACAAGGCAGAAGGGGGAGUCGGAGAAGACUGCUUGGACAAAGGCAAAGCCCCCAGAUCUAAAUGAACACCCCCACUGCAGGCCCCAGAGCCCUCCCCAGACCUCAUUCUACUUGAAGUUUCAGAAAGUCCUCUUUGAACAGAACUUCCUCUCUGAGAGUCCCGAGGCUUCAGCUGCCUCCCUGACCCCCAGUUCCCAGACGGAGAAACUCCUUUGCCAGUCUGUCAGCAACCUUAGCCUCGGGCCCUGUCCCCAUGACACCCAUGACACAGAGGAUCCCAGCGGGGCCUUAUUGGUGGACAGGGCCUCCUCCCCCAUUCUCACACUCAGUGCCAACAUGCAAGGGACAAGUCUUUCCCCUGGUGCUCUGUCUUCCCUUCUAGCUCACUCUCUUGAGGACCUCCAGAGCCUGGGCCCCAGCCUAGAUCUUCCUCAGAAUGGCCCCCUGAAGAGUGAGGAGGUGGGGGGCUGUCCAAGGAUUCUAUGUGAAGGCACUGGCCUAUUGGAAAGGAACUCCCUAGAGAGCCCACAGCACAGCCCCAAACUUCAGGUGCAUUUGGAAGAUAAAUUCCCACAGCAGCUUUCGCUCCAGACCAGCCUCCAGUUGCAGAGCCACAGUCCGCCCCAGACCAGCCUCCAGAUGCAGAGUCACGAGCUGCCUCCACCCCAGACCCAGAGCCUUGUACUGGACAAGGCCAUUGUACCUGAGGACGCAGCUUUCCCGGAAUGUGACCCACUGGGGCCAGGGCAGAGGCAUAUGGAAGAUGAGGGUGAGGUUUCAGCACCUACAGUGACAGUCCAGCCAACCACAGGCCUCUCCUCACUGGGGGGAGGCCCCCCAAACCCCAACUCCUGCUUUGUCUCCGAGCUGACAGAUACUCGAGGGCUUACGGGGUCCAACCUUCAACCUGAGGCACAGCUCCUGCUGGACCCCAGCUCUCAGUUGUCCUGGGACCCUAAGACCGAGGGGUCAUCCAGCCUGAGGGACCUCCCAGCACACAACAAAUUCAAUCAUUGGUGCAAGAUUAAGGACAGCAUGCUAGGAGUGGAUGUGUGGGGAGCCAGCUGUGAACUCCAUUCUGGGGAACAUUCUGGACAGAGACCCCAACAGCAUCUGGACAGCCACAGCCGGGCUCCUGAGCUCUCUCUGCGGGAGUUGAUCCCCCUGCAAAUCGGGACCCAGAAUCCCUCUCUCAGCAUGGAACUGGCUGAAGCGAAGCUGCAUCAUGGUUUUGGGGAGACGGAUGCCCUGCUACAGGUGCUGCAGCAGGGAGAGGCACUGGCUGCCAAAGAGCCCCCACACCCCGCCGAGGAUCAGCUCUAUGCCCGGCUGACCCUGGAGACUGACCCUCAGUGCAAGCGGACCAAGCAACUCCCCAACUUCCACUGGCCUCAUGGCCUCAGCCUCCAAAGAGAGCCUGAUGGAGACUUCACUGCCCGUAAACUGGACUUGCCCAGCAGGCGCAGGGAGUACUUGCAGCAACUGAGGAAGGAUGUGGUGGAGACCACCAGGAGUCAAGGCGUGGCUCCAAGGCCCACACCACCACCCUCUGACAUAGAGCUGCUGCUUCAGGAAUACCAACAAGCUCGUGAGGCAGCUAAGCAGGAGAUUAUGCAGGCCCAGGCCCACCUGAAGGAGCGGACAGAGCAGGAGAAACUGAGGAUCCGCCAGCAGAUCAUCUCCCAGCUGCUGCGGGAGGAGGAAAAACUCCAUCUCCUAGCCACCUCUGGCACCUUGGACACCAGCUCUGUCAGCCUCUCUUCGGGACUCAACUCUGGCUACAACAGCAGCCCAGCUCUCCCAGGCCAGCUCCUCUCACCUGACAGCACAGGAGACACAAACUUGCCCGAUCACAGAGAUUCUUGGAGAGACGUGCAGGGCUGGGCUGUGAUGGGAAGCAGCAACCGGAACCUGGCUGGGGUAUCCUGGAAGAGUGUGGUCAAUGGCCACAGCACCUCCCUGAGCAGUGGCUGCUCUCCAUCCAGCAUCUCCAGCAUGAGAAUCCACUUCCCCGCAUCCUACCAGGACCUGGCCAAGCACAUUGUGGACCUCUCCAUGGCAGAUGUAAUGGCUGCUUGUUCAAAUAGUCUGCACAAUCUGUUUGGUCGCCAUGAAGCAGCUGGCUGGAAGUACCAGGGCCAGGAGCAAGAGGUACAACUUUACCACAAGGCCUUUUCUUCUACUCGCCAUGGUUUCCUGGGGGCAGGCCUGGUGCUACAGCCUUUGUCCCACGUGUGGGCAGCAGUGAGUGACCCCACCCUCUGGCCCCUGUACCACCGGCCCAUCCAGAAAGCAAGGCUGCACCAGCGAGUGACCAAUAGCAUCAACCUGGUGUAUCUGGUGUGCAACACCAACACAUGUGCCCUAAAGCAGCCACGAGAUUUCUGCUGCGUCUGCGUGGAAGCCAAAGAGGGGCACCUGUCUAUCAUGGCAGCACAGUCUGUGUAUGAACCAUCUAUGCCGAGGCCCAGCAGAGGGAUGGUCCGCGGGGAGAUCCUGCCCAGUGCCUGGAUCCUGCAGCCUCUGACCAGGAAUGGGAAGGAGAUCACUAGAGUCAUCUACUUGGCUCAGGUAGAACUUGGUGCUCCUGGCUUCCCCCCUCAGCUCCUGGGUUCCUUCAUCAAGCAGCAGCCACUUAUUAUAGCCAAACUGGCUUCCUUCCUGGGCAGUUAGUACUUCUUGGUGCUGAAGAAAUGUAGGCCAGGAUGCCAGGGCAGUUCCUCUUUCUGUAUCAAUGCAUGAAGAUGCCCUGUGGCUGGUGAGCCGUCAACACUGUAGCCAGAAUGCCAGCGAAACCCAGUGUUCGUCCUGGCACCACUGCAGAGCAAGAGGGCCGGUGUUCUUGACCAUCCUAAAUGAAUGACAUUCAACUCAGCUCUUCGGAUUUCCCAGCCUCUGGGACCUGAUAGCACAAAGUUGUUCCAGAAC